CUCUCUCUCUCCCUCUCAGUUCUGGUCUUCGUCUCUCGCCCACCGCCAGCCCGCCAUUUCUYUCCCCCUUCGUUUUUCGGACUGCUACGAUGAAGAGUGUGCUGGCAAUUACGGAUGACACCGUUCUGGCUACUAGCGUCAUUUUUAAUGCUUUGCGAAAUCUUGGGAGUGAAGAUGCUGGAAAUUAUGAUUCGCAAAUWAUCACUCAAGCAUUUUCUACAAAUAAGCUGCCACUUGGAGCUUCAUCCAUGGAUGUUAUCAUUUCUAUCUGUAGAUCUACUUUUCCAAGUGAUCAGUUGUUUGGGGAGAUGUCAAGAGUUCUGAAGCCUGGUGGGGUAAUCCUUAUUCACAAGACUUCACAGUUUGUUGCAGUCGAGAAAGAUGAGUCCCCUGAUGUGGUGAGAAGAUUACUUYUGGCAGGCUUUCUAGAAGCUCAUGUAAUCGAGAAGAAAUUAGAUUCUCCAUCUGAAGUCAAGAAUUUCGUGAUAAGAGCCAAAAAGCCUUCUUGGGAGAUUGGCUCCUCUUUUGCUAUUAAGAAGUCAACAAAAAGUUUACCAAAGAUUCAGAUUGAUGAUGAUUCUGAUUUGAUUGAUGAAGAUAGUUUAUUGACUGAGGAGGAUUUGAAGAAACCCCAGCUACCAUCAGUUGGUGACUGUGAAGUAGGCAGCACGAGAAAAGCUUGCAAGAACUGCACUUGUGGUAGGGCUGAAGAAGAGGAGAAAGUACAAAAACUGGGAUUAACUUCAGAUUUGUUGGAUAAUCCUCAAUCUGCCUGUGGCAAUUGUGGACUGGGGGAUGCUUUUCGGUGCAGUACUUGCCCAUACAAGGGUCUUCCUGCAUUUAAACUUGGGGAAAAGGUGUCUCUUCCUGGGAAUUUCCUUGCUGCGGAUAUAUGAUUUUUUUUUUCUGGAUAAGAGAUAUGUGACCAUUUUAGAAGUUCUCAUUGACUGUGUAGUAACUUUACAUUAGCUUUAGCUUGCGUAACCAGCAUUCAGUUGUUGCUGGAUGUCCUGGUUGGUUUAGCUAUGGCAUAAAUUGUGUGAUGAAUGGUUUUGUGAAACAGAGAACAAUAGUAUGUUGUCUACAAAUUGUAGUAACUUAUUGGGUCUUCUACUCGUGGUUUCAACUUGAAGGAGAAUUAUAAUUGAUAA